AUGUAUUCAUAUACAUCUAUUCGACACAAUAUAAAAAGAUUCUUUACAAAAAAUAUAGGUCCUAUUCGAAAUGCUGCUGUUAUCUUUGCUGAAGUUCCUUCUGGUGAACUUCAAGCUGAUAAACAUAUAAAAUAUAUUGAAGAUCGAACAAUUGAUUUGAAUACAAUUAAUACACAGGGUGGAGUUAUUACUAAAAAUCUUGUUGUAUCUAUUGAUCCAUAUAUGAGACGUCGUAUGCGAGCAGCUGAUCUAAAAAGUUAUUUACCACCAUUUAAACUCAAUCAACCAUUAACUAAUUUUAUUGUGGGUAAAAUUAUUAAAUCAAAUAAUAAUAAAUAUAAAGUGGGUCAAUUUGUCUAUGGAAAUGGAGGUUAUGAAGAAUAUACAGUUCAUUUUAAAGAUCAAGCUGAAACACUUCGUAUUUUAAGUGAUGAAGAACUUAAACUUGAUUUACCUCUAACGACAUGGGUAGGAGCUGCUGGAAUGACUGGACAAACAGCUUUCUAUGGCUUAUACCACAUUGGACAACCUAAAAAAGGUGAAACAAUUUUUAUUACAGGAGCAUCUGGCGCUGUUGGUCAAUUAGUUGGGCAAUUUGCUAAACGUGAAGGUCUUACAGUAAUUGGAUCAGCAGGUACUGAUGAUAAAGUACAAUGGCUUCAAAAAGAAUUACGUUUUGAUCAUGCAUUUAAUUAUAAAACAGCAAAUAUUAAAGUUGAACUUGCUCGAUUUAAUCCACUCAAUAUUUAUUUUGAUAAUGUUGGUGGUGAUCAACUGGAAGCUGCACUUGAUGCUGCAGAUAAUUUUGCUCGAUUUAUUGAAUGUGGAAUGAUUUCACUAUAUGAUACAUCUAAUACACAUGGAAUUCGUAAUCUUGUUUUAGUCGUUACUAAACGACUUAAACUUGAAGGUUUUAUAAUUCUUGAUAAAAACAAUGAUGAACAUUUUAAUAAAGAAUUUUAUUCCAAAAUUCCUAAAUGGAUUGCUAAUGGUGAAUUAAAAGUUAAAGAAGACGUUACUAAAGGUUUAGAACAUGCUCCUAAAGCUAUUGUUGGUAUUUUUAAAGGUAAAAAUUUUGGCAAAGCAGUUAUUCAAAUUGCCGAUAAUUAA